AUGUCCAUUUUGCUCCUCCUCGGCUGCAUCCUGUCCGCCAUCUCGCCUACACUGGGCAAUGAUGUACACCCCCCACACUUCUCGGCUGUGCUCAGGAGCAGGAGUUUGGAGAACUUCGUUCCUUCAGAGCUUCGAGACAGCAAUGGCGUUCCUCGUAUAUCGGAUCUGCCUGCAGGAGGACUUGACUCCGUGCUCCGCCCUGCGGCCUUUCGGUUAGGGCUCAAGGAAGAUUUCUGCGGACGAUGUCUUACCCCCCAGCCAGGAGUUCCUAAGAUCCUGCAUGAAGCAAAUUUGAUCCGCUGGGUGCAUCCCGACACGGAUGUAGAUGUGAGUCUCUGGUACACACCAUUGUUCGACCAAGAUGAUACCAGCCAGCAAGCUGGGUUAUCCAUUGAAGGCGUCUAUUCUCGAAGGAAGUACAACUUCGAGAAGCAGUAUGAGAAGGCGGAGCAUGAGAACCCAUGGAACCCUGUCAUUCCCCUUUCAACUGAGAUGACUCCGGGACGUAUCUCCACCUUCGGCUCCUGGAGAAAGUACGGCAUGGACAAAGAGCACAACGCCGAAACAGAUCACUCAAACGGCCAUCUAUUAGUAUCUGACGUUGAGCGCGUGCUGAUGGAGGCUAUUGAAGGCAAGUAA